ACUUGAGUAACAGAAUUGAUUUUGCAGAAGCAUUUCAACUCAACCCGGUCAAUAAUUAUAUGGUGGCAAUUCCUUAGCAUCGAAAAGCGGCUGGGGAACGAAGUUUUUGAUUAAAUUCGGGAUCCAUUAACAUCUCCAAAAUGGGUAAAAUUAUGAAAAUAGGGAAAGUAGUCCUUGUACUCAAUGGACGAUAUGCUGGUAGAAAAGCAGUUGUUGUCAAAAAUAAUGAUGAAGGUACUUCAGAUAAACCUUACGGCCAUGCUCUGGUUGCUGGUAUUGAUCGCUAUCCACGAAAAGUGACCCGUCGCAUGGGCAAGAAAAAAUUGGAAAAAAGGAGUAAAAUUAAGCCCUUUGUCAAAGUGUUGAACUAUAAUCAUCUCAUGCCAACAAGGUACAUGGUAGACAUUGCAUUUGAUAAAAGCAUUGUCAAUAAAGAAGUUCUGAAAGACCCUGCUAAGAGGAGAAAAGCCAGGAGAGACGUCAAGGCUAAGUUUGAAGAAAGGUACAAGACUGGCAAGAGUCGUUGGUUUUUCCAGAAGCUAAGGUUCUAAGUUGUAAUAUAUAUUGAAAAUAAAAAAUGCUAAAAAAAAAUGUUUAUUGCCCAUAUUUUUUUUCUAUUAAAAUUGUAGUAGGAAAUAUAGUAG